AUGAUUUAUACCCGGCUUUAGAUAAGUUAGUUUGGAAAGAAUGACAGUACAAUUUCUACGCAAAAAAAUCCGUACCAAAAGAUUAGUAUAAAUCGGUAUAAAUUUUUAUGCGGUCAACGUUACUGUUAAGCUUUAAAAUUUUGUAUAUAUUUUUUUAAUACUUAUUUCAAUUGUGCAUAUAUGUAUGCUGUUUAAUGUUUGAUCGUUUUACGUAUUAUCUAUAUGACAGUAUUCUAUAUGACAGUACAGCACCCAGUUAAAUGUUAAUAACGUGGGAAUUAAGAUAAAUAUAUGAUUCGAUCAAGUCUUAAUUUAAAUAUCUAUUAUUUCCAAUGGUUAUAAGAAGCUCUGAUGUGUUAAUUUAAAUCCUAUGAAGUUAUCAAACUCUGAGCUAUAUAAAAGAUCAUCGUACAGGAGAAAUAGAUGUUAAAUGAUAUGACAAUAUUAAGUACUUCAAAUUGGUAACACAAAUGUCCAUAAAUAUGGAUACCAUGAGGUACUGUCCACCGAACAUUACUUUUGACGAUAUCUGGAUAGACCAUGGCGUAUCUAAAUGUUUCAUGGAUACCGUCUCUACAAGUAUAAUUUCUUUGUACUUGAUUAUAUUUGGAUCUGCCCAACUUUGGAUAUAUCGCAAGUAUGGGACAGAAACUGAAGAAAGUAUAUUACCAAGAAGCAAACUGUAUAAUUUACAAAAAUUUGUGCUGUACCUUGUCCCUGUUUUAAGUGUAAUAAGAAUAAUUUUACAAGCUACAGUCUUGGACAAUGGAAUGGUCUAUGGAUAUAUGAUAUUAACAACAGUAUUAACAGUAAUCGUUUAUCCAUAUUCGAUUUAUAUACUGAAAAUUGAAAGACAUAAACUAUUACCAAGUGUGCCGCCGCAUGGCCAUGGAUUCGUGCUAUUAGGUUUUUGGACAUUAGCAUUUGUUGCUGAAAAUCUGGUUUUAAUUAAUAUUGGAAAACUUGAAUGGUGGUUCCACUUGAACUCCCUGACAGAUCAAAUUGAAAUGGCUCUAUUCAUUUUGCGAUAUGUUAGUAACCUGUUGAUUUUUGCUCUCGGUUUACGAGCUCCUGGCAUUGCCAAUUUUGACUCCGAUUAUCGUACACUUAAUGAUGACACAAUUAUGCGAUCACAAUAUUAUCGUGAAAGAAGAUCAGAUAAUGCUUCCACAUGGACAAAUCUGUGGUACAAGACUAAAAUUUUAGGACCGUUUUUAUGGCCAAAAUCAGACUUUUUACUUCAAUUGAGAGUGAUAUUUUGCUUCGUGUUGCUGCUAUCUGGACGUUUGAUAAAUCUUUAUGUACCGAUUUACAAUAAAAAAAUUGUGGACAGCGUUACGAUUUCUCCUGUAGAAUUUAGGUGGGAUAUAGUAUUGAUAUAUGUAGCAUUCAAAUUUCUGCAAGGUGGUGGUACAGGAGGUAUGGGUUUGUUGAAUAAUUUAAGAUCCUUUCUAUGGAUCCGUAUUCAACAAUAUACUACUCGUGAAGUGGAGGUAGAAUUAUUCAGGCAUUUACAUAGAUUGAGCAUGCGUUGGCAUCUCGGAAGGAAAACUGGUGAAGUAUUAAGGAUCAUGGAUCGUGGCACAGACUCGAUCAAUAAUUUACUCAAUUAUAUCCUCUUUUCGAUUCUACCAACCAUUAUUGAUAUUAUUGUGGCCGUUUUGUUUUUCGUCAGUGCAUUUAAUAAAUGGUUCGGUCUCAUUGUUUUUACAACUAUGGUUCUUUAUAUCGCUGCCACAAUUGCAGUCACGGAAUGGCGUACAAAAUUUCAAAGACGUAUGAAUUUGGCCGACAACGCGCAGAAAGCACGUAGCGUUGAUAGUUUACUGAAUUUUGAAACGGUGAAAUAUUACAGUGCAGAAGCAUAUGAAGUGGAAAGCUACAGAAAAGCAAUUUUAGAAUAUCAAGUACAAGAAUGGAAAUCAAUGAUCACGCUGAAUAUCUUAAACACUUUACAAAACAUAAUUGUCUGCGGUGGUCUAUUAUCUGGAUCACUAUUGUGUUUACAUAUGGUUGUUUUCCACCAAGGUUUAACAAUUGGCGACUAUGUUUUGUUCGCUAGUUAUAUAAUACAACUUUACGUACCACUAAAUUGGUUUGGCACAUAUUAUAGGGCCAUUCAAAAGAAUUUUGUCGAUAUGGAAAACAUGUUCGAGUUACUUAGGGAAGAGCAAGAGGUAAUAGAUGCACCAGGAGCUGGACUAUUGGAUGUCAAGCGUGGACAAGUAGAGUUCUUGAAUGUAUCGUUUGGUUACACUCCUGAGAAACUCGUGCUCAGAAACGUCAGCUUCGUCGCACCCGCGGGAAAAACGAUAGCGUUAGUUGGCCCAUCCGGUGCCGGGAAAAGUACUAUAAUGCGAUUACUAUUUCGCUUUUAUGAUGUGGAACAGGGAGCAAUUUUAAUUGACGGGCAGAAUGUAAAGACUGUUAAACAGGAGUCUCUCAGAAAUAACAUAGGUGUCGUACCGCAAGAUACGGUCUUGUUUAACAACACUAUAAGAUAUAAUAUUCAAUACGGUCGUAUUGAUGCACUAGAAGCGGAUAUAAUUGCUGCUGCAAAAUACGCGGAUAUUCACGAGAGGAUUCUCACAUUUCCGAGCGGUUACGAAACACAGGUUGGCGAAAGAGGACUUAGACUAAGCGGUGGUGAAAAGCAACGCGUUGCAAUUGCACGCACAAUAUUAAAAGCUCCAAAAAUAGUACUGCUUGAUGAAGCUACGAGUGCUUUGGACACACAGGCGGAGCGUAAUAUACAAGCAGCAUUAAACAGAAUAUGCGCUGAACGAACUACUAUCAUUAUAGCGCAUAGAUUAUCCACCAUAAUUCAUGCGGACGAAAUCCUCGUCUUAAAAGAUGGUGAAAUUAUUGAAAGAGGCAAACACGAAGAACUAAUUUCACACGGUACUGUUUAUCAUGCUAUGUGGCAAGCGCAGCUUCAAAAUAAUCAAGAGAAUAGCAAGAAUGAGACAAAUUCAAUCCAUGAAAAUGAUGUCCUAAUUAAUUAAUAAUAUAAUUAUACAUUUACACACACACACACACACACACACACACACAAAUACACACACACGGGAUGAGGAAAAAAUAUGGAAACCCUGAAAAAUUUCAAAGUAAAACUCCCAUAUUGUAGUAUAUCUUGAAGGGCAUAAAGUAGGAAAAAUUUUGGCACAAACCAGAGGUCGAUACGUUGAUCCGUUCAGGACCUCUAUUCUGUAACUCUAACGACAGUGUCGGUAUCGUUAUGUCGUCGUUGCGCAGCUUUUUUUCCAUAUAGUAUACCUGCGCAACGACAACGUAACGAUACCGACACUGUCGUUACGAGUUACAGAAUAGGGGUCCAGGAGUUAUUUAGGGCCAAACUUCGAAAAAGCCAAUUUUUGGCCCUAAAUAACUCAACAUAUCUACCUCUGGUUUGUGCCUUUCUUAUUUUAUGCCCUUUUAAGGGCCAAAGCACAUAACAUGGCGUAGCGAUAUACGACGG